GAAGACUGACACUCACCCGCACGCACAUCCACAGCCAGACCCUGAGUUCGCCUUGACAAAAAAAACCUAGUGUAUUUUUAGUUGUAUCUUGGUAAUAACUUGAACAAUUUGCUUUGUCAACAUUGAUAAAAAUUUGGAAAAAUCAUUCCAAACCAUUUUCUUCAGAUACGUAUUUUUAAAAAUUCCGAUAUCAGAUUCAUGGAUUUUUCUAAUGUUACUUCAUUAUUGACAACAGCUUUCUUGCAUAAAUUUUGGUACAUACGUAUAUUGAUCAUCAAUAUGAAGUAUUAUUAAUUGACCCUUUAAUUGCAGUGUUAAAGGCAUUGUUAAUGCUUUAUAAUUAGGAAACACUUGAAUUUCAACUAAAAGAAAGAAAAGCAAAACAUCCUCAUCUUCUACAGAAUAAAAAAGAAAAUACAUAAACUUCUAUGGUAUCAUUUACGUUUUAUAAGCUGAAUAAUAACUUGAAGAAAAGGUUUCCUCCUCAAUAAAUCGAAGUAUUAUUGAUAAAUUGCUUAAAACAUAAAGUCUAUCAGAUUUUAAAUAAUUAAAUGGCAAAAUAAUAACUUAUAUAUGAUAUUGACUAUUCAAUUACAUCAUUUAGCUAAGAUUUUAGAAGAAAUGAAUCUUUAUUUUAUUAAUCAACAACAUCAGAAGACUACUUAAGUUUACUUCCUAUACUUCAUGUAUCAGAACGAAAUUCAUAUCAAACAGGGCACAAAACGAUAGAUCUUUAUCUAUUUUUAUUUGUUUCCUAAACAAACUACAAAUAGUAAAACGAAACGAACACAUUUUUUUCAUCAUACAUAUCAAAUAAGAUGACCCAGUGAUACUAUUACCUAAUCAGAUAUUGUCAUAGAACAUAGAUAAUCCAAUGAUCGAACUACUAAAGAACGAUUGAUAUUUAGUUUUCGUGUAAAAUUUACGAUUAGAUUAUAUUUAUGUUAAAUAUUACGUUUUUUUUUCAAACGAAUUUUUUUCAACUAUGUUGAAAAAGCUGUUAGCGUAAUUCGUGCUGAAUUAAAAUGUGAAACAGAAUAUGGCUACGCAUUGUUUUCACCCUCGUUUUGAUUAAUCUUCGACAAAUGAAAUAAGGUCGAAAAUUUCUAAUCUUUAUACUUUAUUACUCCUUUAAGAUGGUGUUUCACAAAAGUUUUGUUUAUCUGAUUGUUUCAGUUAAAACUGUGAAAAAAUUUUAAUGCGAGAAACCAUAUUUUAUCUUUUUUUUAAAAAGAGUAUUCAGGAAUAUUAUCAUUUAAAAGUGAAUCUUUUUUUUUUAAAUUGAUCAUUAGCAAAUAUAAAAAAGGCAUAAGUUAAAACAAAUCUAUUUUAGUUGAUUUUUAAUUGAAGAUAAACAUAUUGAUUUAACGUCGAAAAAAAGUAAUAUUGACUCUUUAUGUUGUUAUUUGUUAUCAAAGUAUGCGUCAAUGAUUAUAUUUAAACAAGGAUUUGUCUUUUUGAAUCGUUGCUAUCAGUAAGACACAGCUUUUUUUGACAAACAAAAGAUUAUUUUACAUUUUUUAUUAAAAGAACAACUAUAUACAUAUAAGAAGAGAGCCAUAUAAAAUCUAAUCAGUCGAUAACGAUGCAUUGGCAUAUUAUAAAAUGGUUUCUAUCGAUAAUUAUAGUUUUAUUUAAAAUAUUUUUAAGUAAUAUCGAUGGUCAAAGUUAUAUUCCUUUAUAUACAUGGCCGAUUAUCAAUGCAAAUUGGUCAAAUUAUUCUGUUUUUUUCCGAUGGAGUAUAUUUCAUUUAAUGUGUUUUCUAUAUAUAAUAUAUAUUUAAAUGUUUUUAUAAAUGUUCCUAUUAAUUGGAAUUAAACUAAUUUAACAAAAUGUACAUAACCUAUUGAAAUAUUUGUUAAACGCUGUUUUCUGCUCAGAUAUGAAAAUAUUUCUCAUCAUUUAUGGAGAAUACCAGGUAGUUUUAAUAUCAUAUAUCAUAAUAAAUGUUUAAUUAAGUUAAUUUGAUAGGUGGUGGUGGCGCUCCAGUAUCAACUUUAGAAUUCGAAGCCGUCAGUGUUGUUAGUGCAUUAAAUGGUUCAAUAUCAAUAUAUGUUACAGAUAAACGUGGUGUUGGUAAAAGUAGUUUAUUAGAAUAUCCAACAUCAAUAGUUAAAAAUUUUACAGCUUGUUUAUCAUAUAUUAGGGAAUAUAAAUAUUGUUUAAAACAAAAUACAUUUACAGAUACUACAUUCGAUUUAGAAUCUAUUCUUAAAGUAAUUAUUGGAAAUAACCAUCAAUAUUUAAAUACUACUCAACGUGUAAUUUUAAUGGGAUCAAGUCAAGGAACUUAUCCAUUACAACGAUAUCUUCAUAUAACUGAAGAUAAUGAACAAGUUGAUGCUGUUAUAUUUGAUUUUGUAUUACCAACUGAUAUAACACGAUUAAUUCAUGGUGAUAAAUAUUUAAAUUAUAUUUUUUUAGAUUUAUUUACAUGUUGUUCACAAGAUGAACAAGGUUGUGCAAAAUAUUUUGAAGAUAAAAAUCCAAUGCGUGCACUUUAUACUUAUAAAAUGAAUGAAGAUUUUCAAACAAAUUCAUCUUGUCUUUAUUUAUUAAAUAUAACAACAGACGAUAUUGCUAAAAAAAUGUCAUAUAUAUUUUAUCAAAAUAUGAUGGAACUUUUUCCCGCAUUAAUCUAUCGAAUAAAUCGAUGUAAUUUUGAUGAUCAAAAUAUUUUAAAACAUUUUAUAAAUGUAACACAACCACCAGUUGAAGAUGGUGCACCAGGAUAUGCAUUAUUAGUUGAAUUCAAUAAUAAUUUUGCUGAAUUAUGGUCUCCUUUAAACCCUCAAGAAAAAAAAUCCAACAUGUGA